CCGCGAUAUUGCUAGUUCUGCAUGCUGUCUACAUGGGAUCGUGGGAUGAAGCUUCCGCAUCCGGGCGCGGCCGCGGCCGGUAGGCGCGCGCUAGAUAUAGCUACAUAGCUUGCUACGGUACGUGUGUGUAGAUUUGGUGACACAACACUGAAUGAAUGAUGUCAUUAUUAUUAGACCGAUCUUCAAUCAUUAUCGUCAUUGAUAGAUAGUUUAACUUGAAAAUUUCCUUUAAAUUCUGGUCGUGAGUCGUCAACAUUAACAAUACAUAAUCGCUUCAGGAAUGGCGGAUCACGAAGCCAAAGCAAAUCAGUGUAUGAUUGAUGCUGAAAAGAAGCUGAAGUCAUCACAAGGAUUUUUUGGUUCCAUGUUUGGAGGAGUACAGAAGCAAGAGGAUGCAUGCGAACAGUAUCAGAGGGCCGCUAACAUGUUCAAGAUGGCAAAGAAAUGGCAAGAGGCUGGCAAUGCAUUCUGUCGAGCAGCUUCCAUCUCUAUGACGCUGGACAGUAAACAUGAAGCAGCCACAAACUAUGUCGAUGCAGGCAACUGCUACAAGAAAGUGGAUCAUGAAAAGGCCAUAUCUUGUCUGCAACAGGCAAUAGAAAUUUACACCGAUAAAGGCAAGUUUACAAUGGCUGCCAAGCAUUAUAUCAGCAUAGCAGAGAUCUACGAGAAUGAACUGAUUGAACUGGAUAAAGCUAUAGAGAACUAUGAGAAAGCUGCUGACUUGUACAGAGGCGAAGACUCCACCAGCUCUGCAAAUAAAUGUCUGUUGAAGGUAGCCAUGUAUUCAGCACAGCAAAUGAAUUAUGCAAAGGCAUGCCAGAUAUACGAGGACGUAGCCUCAUCAGCAGUGGAGAACUCCCUUCUCAAAUACAGUGCAAAAGACCAUUACUUUAAGGCCGCACUAUGUCACCUGUGCAUAGAUCUUCAGAAUGCACAGAUUGCAUUACAGAAGUAUCCAGAAACCUUCUCUGCAUUUGCAGAUAGCAGGGAAUAUAAACUUUUACAGAAAUUAGUUGCUGCUAUAGAAGACCAGAAUGAAGAUGCAUAUACUGAAGCCGUUAAGGAGUUUGAUUCAAUCACUCGCUUGGAUCAGUGGUUGACUACCAUUUUAUUGAGAAUUAAGAAGAGCAUCAGCAGUGAUCCAGAUCUUCGGUGAGCUCACCUCACAAAUCCAUCAUCAUCUGAGGCAAAUAACACUUCAUAUAUCCUUGCAUGUACAAUUGAGUUUGUUUGCUGCAGUCAGUCUCAUUCUGUUUUCUUUUAUGUGUAUGUAUGUGCAUAUUAAAUAUCUAUAUAUAUAUAUAUCAAUGAAAAAUUAUGCCAGGGGGAGGGGUGUUAACAAAGAAUGAUGUGUGUCUUUAAAUUUCACUUCAUUUCUCAGUUGCUUGUGAUAUAUAAUACAUUACUGCGUUGGUUUCAUCAUGCUCACGGAACGCAUGCUACUGAGUAUUCAUCAAUGAAAUGUGCAUGAUUGGCAUUAAACAUCACUUUAAAGUCACACUCUCCUCUUUGGGAAACGACCCCGAUGUUUAUGGACAUAAUCAGUCAGUAGCUUAAUUUCCUUUACUGGUAGGUUUAAAGGGGAAUGAAACCUUUAUAACAAGUAGGCUUGUGUCUAAACAGAAAAAUCAAAGAAUAAGAAUAAAGAAAGUUUGAGAAAAAUCAGAC